AUGGAUCGCUUAAUUUUUAAUCUGUAUCAAUAUUUUUUCGGAAAGAACCAGCAGAAUUCUGAAUCUGAAGACCAUUCUAAGGACUAUUCGAACAAUAUUAUGAAGGAAGAGGAGUGGAAUUCAAUUUCAACAUCCACAAUAAAAUCAACAGAUUCGAGACAUUCAAUUGAGUUCCAUCCCAGUCGAGAUGAAAUCAAUGCUUUUUCCCUGUACAUCGAAGACAAAUCGAAACUCCCAAAUACUACUCCUAUUGAAGAUCGAAUUCCGAAGUGUACAGAAUUAUAUCAAUGUUUGAAAAAUACUGUAAAGGAACUAGGAGAACAAAAGUUAAUACACGACACACAAUUAAAAGGAUUGACAUUAAAUUUGAACAACAAUAAUAUUCGUUUGAUUGCCGUCGAAAACGAUGUUAAAAACAUAAUCCUAAAAUAUAUGGGUCUACCUCAAAUGUAUGAAACAUUACAAGACCAACUCGAAAUGGUUUCGGGGAAGAUCAAUGUGAAGUUCGAUCACUUGGAACAAAUGUUAAGCUAUCAUGCAGCGGAGUGUUAUAGAACAAGUGAUCCUCCCGAAGACCUGUAG